CGUGAAUCUCAUACAGGAGAAUAAACUUUUUUUGCCUCCCUUUUCCACUCCUUAUUAGGUUUUAGCAACCAUCACGGUAUCCGUAAUUGAACGGAAAAAUCUCGGAAAGUGCUUCUACCUUGUCAUUUUUUUGGCAUUAUACCUUAUACGAGCCAUCACUAUUUCAGUAAUGUUACUGCGUCGGUUCCUUUAUGAUCGACCCCAUGACUUGCCUCGCGACGUGGGUGGAGCUUGUAGUGCACACUACAAAACAAUGAUCAACUGGGCAUCCUUGAUCCUGCUCUUAUUCUCAGUCUCAUUAUUGACAACACAAUCACAUUGCGCCCAGACUUCUCCAGGUCUCUUUUACUUGGUCCUUGUUCUAUCAUUACUUGGCUACCUUUGUUUGACAGCGCUCCUGAUUCUUUGGUUCUUUGUUCUCUUUUGUCUUAAUGGCCUUGUUGCUGUUCUUGAGCUGUUUGGAGUUGGGUCACGUGUGAUGCAAUGGCAAGGCGCAACACCAGAAAUGAUCGAUAACAUCCCAAUAACCAAGUUUACAAGACGUAUACAACCAACAAUCACCCCACAGGAGCAGGAGCAACAGCAUCAGCAGCCCUUAUCUCAGACAGUAAAAGACCCUGAAACAGUCGCGAUGCCAAGUAUUGUUGUAUCUGAUGAGGGUAUAGGAUCGUAUUCUACAAGACUGGAAGAAUUGUCCUCUAAUGUCGUAAUCGAGAUGGAACCUUCGACUGAACCUGCUGUAGAGGUACAACACAAACAAGCACAAGAGCAAGAGCAAGAGCAAGGGCGAGAACAGGAUAAGGAAAAGGAGAAAGAACAAGAAGAGGAGAAUGAGCACCCUACUCAAAUGCUUUCACUGGAACAUUUAAGCCCAGAGGAACGAGAGCUGGCCCUCCGUAUCUCGACAUCAUGUCCCAUUUGUUUAUGUGAUUAUGAAGACUUGGAGGAGCUUCGACAUUUGCCAUGUGAUCACUUUUUUCACAAGGAGUGCGUAGAUGAAUGGCUAAAACUCAAGCGGACUUGCCCUCUGUGCAAGUGCGACAUUGCAUAUCGUAGGCGUGGCAGUAAGCUAUGGUCUAGACGGAGUAACGGCCGAGGUCAUGGUCGUCAGCGUAGCAGUGGAAGUAGACGGUUUUCAUUCGGACCAAGACGAACGACACAAUAAGAUUUUAUUUUCCUCCGAAAUGGCUAGCUACAUUUCAUUGUAAAUAUACCCAAAAACUUACAACUUCACAAACAAUCAUAAUUAAUAAAGUCUAUAAAAUUAAGUCUCCUUUUCAUGCGC